UGUUCAGCAGUAAUAACACAAUGGCUUGUCGGAGUGGUUGUUGUUGCGGUUUUGGUCCGCUGAAUGAAGAUAAUGCAAGAUUUCUUAUGCUGGCGCUAGUAAUAGUUCUGUACCUUUUAUGCGGAGCUGCUGUGUUUUCAGCGCUGGAACAUCCAAAGGAAGAGCUCGCGAAAGAGCGAUGGGCGCAGCGCUUCGAUCAGUUCAGUCAGAAGUAUAAUCUCAGUAAGCAGGAUCUGAAGAACUUUCUUAGGAACUACGAGGAGGCGAAUGUAGCGGGUAUUCGCGUGGAUAACACCAGACCUCGAUGGGAUUUCACGGGUGCAUUUUAUUUUGUUGGAACCGUGGUUUCAACGAUAGGCUUUGGGAUGACAACACCUGCUACAACAGGAGGAAAAAUGUUCCUGAUCUUCUACGGGCUUAUUGGCUGUGCUGCCACCAUUUUGUUUUUUAACCUUUUCUUGGAGCGCGUCAUCACUGUGAUUGCAUUCAUACUCAAGUUCUGUCAUGAGCAUCAGUACCAGCGUAAAGCAGUUCUCCCUGAAAAUGGCCGCCGCAUAUCUGAAGACCAUGGAGACAGGCAGCGGGACAGCCUAGCAGGCUGGAAGCCAUCAGUCUACUGCGUCAUGACCAUACUUGGAGCCGCCGCAAUACUGGUGUCCUGCUGUGCCUCUGCCAUGUACUCAAUGGCAGAGGGCUGGGACUACCUUGACUCUCUUUACUUUUGUUUCGUGGCAUUCAGCACAAUCGGCUUCGGGGACAUGGUGAGCAGCCAGCGGGAGUUCUAUGAAGGCCAAGUGGCUUACAGGCUGGGCAACUUCCUCUUCAUCCUGACUGGCGUCUGCUGCAUCUACUCACUUUUCAAUGUCAUCUCAAUUGUCAUCAAGCAGGUCCUGAACUGGCUUCUGCAGCAACUGGAGGCCCCAUGCCUUUGUCCUGGCCAGGGGAGGCAUCAGACCCGCAGGAACGUGGUGGUGCCGGGGCAUCUGAGAGCUCGGAGAGACCCCUCUAUUGACACAGAUGCUGUCAACGACAGCGAGGGGGAUGGUCGGAGGAUGUCAGGUGAGAUGAUCUCAAUGAGGGACUUCCUGGCUGCCAACAAGGUUAGCCUGGCCAUCAUGCAGAAGCAGCUGUCUGAAAUGGCCAAUGGGCUCCCCCGCCAGUCCACGUCCAGCUCACGUCAUAAUGGCUUUUCUGGAGGAGUUGGAGCCCUGGGAAUUAUGAACAACCGUUUGGCUGAAACUAGUGUGGACAGAUAAGUGUAAAAGCUUACUCAAGAACUGCCUAUAUUCCUUUGCCUACAAUUACGUGGCAUCCACAUGUCCUGAAAAGAUUAGUAGGUGUGCUGUUAGUCUUAAUAUUUAAGAAUAUUGCUCUCUACAUCAGAAUAUCAAAGUAAAAUAAAAGAAGAAUCUACUGAAACAUAUUGAAAAAAAUCUAUUGAAAUGGUCAUACAACCUUAUUAAAAUGUAUAGCGGAAAGAAUGGAUAAAUGUAUGCCAAUGUCCUCAGCACUGCUGAGGUUUACCCUGAAAUCCACAGCAGCCAUUCUUGUGCUGGGUAAACUCCAUCAUAGAUCGUGUUUCCAUGUAUAUUUUUAGUUUAUGUGGCAAACAAAUGACUGGACAUUUCAUAAUUAUGAUUGCUUGAUAAGUGACAUAUACAAUCAUCCACAAUCACUGUUUCUCUCAGUGGUUUUCCUAGUAGCUGCUGUCUUCAGCUUCUAAAUGUAGGCAUUUCCAUUCUGGUUCCAGUAUGAGGUAGAAGAGCAAAGGGCAAAGGACAGCAGUCAAGGAAACAAAAUGAAUAAUAAACUGCACAUUUGCUUGCAAGUUGUGAUGACAAUUUGGUUCCCAAUUGGUGUGGAAAAUGACAAAGAGAUAAUUAAAUGCUAAAUCUGAAAAUGACCUUGUCAGUAUCUCUGAGCUUCACAGACUUCAGCUGGCUGUA